CCCCCGUCGCCCCGCCCGCCCGUCUCCUUCCUCCUCCUCCUCCCGAGACGCGACGACGAAUCGCCCGCCCGCCCGCCCAGAUCCCCAGCUCCCUCUCCACCCCCCGGCGCCCUCGGUCGAUCCACACCCCUCCCCGGCCUCCAAGCAGUGAAGGAACCUUAUGAGCUGGUUGGCUGGGGCUCUACUCCAAUUCUGGUGCUACUAAGAUGGGUCAGGACCUGAUCAGCAACAAGUUUGGGACAAGACUAACCAUAGAUGAAAUAGCAGGCGCCUACCACUUCUCGCUUCUGCUCUCCCCUGUUGUUUCCUUCUGGGAUUGCAUCUUCCGCAAGAUAAGAUACUCAUUCAGACCUGAGUGGGUGUAGCAUCCUGCGUUGACCCUCUUUUUUAGCAGUAGCUGGUUUGCAAAUAAAUAGACCACCUAGCAAGGAGUCCAAAAGAAUGAACUUUGAAGAUUUUGUCUUUCCCUAAUUAUAUAUAGAUAGUAGAGGAGUUUAGCUGAGAUAGUAAAUAGCGGGCACAGUUGUUAUGGACAAGACUAUCAUGAGCAAUCAGGCAGGCAAAGUCUUGAAGAAAGGGAAAAAGAAACAGGCCAAGGAUGAACUGGAUCGCCAGAAGCAGGCUGAGAAGAAGAGGCGCCGGCUAGAGAAAGCGCUGGCAAACUCGGCUGCCAUUAUUUCAGAGCUGGAAAAGAAGAAGCAGAAGAAGAAAGAAGAACAGCAAAGGCUGGAUGAGGAAGGUGCUGCCAUAGCUGAAGCAGUCGCUCUUCAUGUUCUCAUAGGUGAAGACUCCGAUGAACCCUGCCACUUGAUGCUAAACAAGCACAGAAGGUGCAGCCAUUGGGAUCCCUCGGCUGGCUUUGAAUUCACCAUGGAUGCACAAGCCGCUGAUAUUUAUUCUUCAGAUGGACUGAUUUGCGCCAGCCAUGCAUAUGCUCCCAAAGGGAGGUGGGCUGAUUGGGGGAUUGGCCAGCCAUUGCCAUCUUGGGGAGAAGUGAGGGACCUCCAAGGCCCGUACUAUCAAGGAACAUUCCAUCAGACAGUCAACUGCCCUGGUUUCGUAGCAGCCCAAGCAGUGUCGUCGUUGCAGAUCAGAGAAGACUCGUCAGAAAUCACAUCUCCAAGCCAAGGAGCGGCAGCUGCAACUGUGGUUAACAGGAUGCUUGGCGGUGCCAACAGGCUGAACCUUUACAGAGAGAUAUAAAAAUACACUUUGUCAUAGCAUUGUAUAUAGUCACCAAAAAAUGCGUUGACUACGUUGCCUGCGAUAUAUAGUCUUCUGGUUUCAAAACAAACGGAUAGAACAUCUUGUUUGCUGUUUUGUGAGUGUACUAAACUCUUAAAGGGUAUUUUGUAUCAGUUAACAUUGGUAUUGUAAUGAACAUAUAUGGUUUUGAUUUCCAUAACUUUUUUUGCGAA